AGAUCUUCCUUGGUUAAAGAGUCAAACCGGAUCAGAGAGCUGUGGGCACGUCUUCGGAUAUCCCGGCCGCCUGAUUCUGUGGGUCUCUGCGAGUCACUCGGACGAACAUCGUCACCCCGAUUCUGCUGUGUGGUUUUCGGUGUUUGUGCUGCGCCUCGGACAUUUCGCUGCGUUCCUUCCACAUUUCUUAUUUCACUGUGUCUCAAAGAGGAGAAGUUUAGUAAACGGCGCCCUCAGACCCGGGGCCAAAUAAGCCCUCGUCAUCGUUAAUACUGUUAAUAAUUUACUUUGUUACAAGGGUAAAUGCGACUGGGUGAAUGAUACGGGGGAAACCAGUUGACCGGUAUAUGAAAACUAUUUUUUAAACAUAACUAAGAAAUAAGGGAGGAAGUGUGGGCUGCACCUGUUUGCAGAAGCGGAGGUGGUACGGAGGCUCUAGGGCUCCGCGGCCACAAUAAAGGGAAAAGUCUGCCGGUCUUCCGCGAUAAGCGGUAGCUUUCCAGGUCUUCAGGGUGAACAGUGCGAGUGGGCAGGAAGAGGGCAGAAGGAGCGCAACUCCGCCGUGCGAACCGCGAUGCUGCAGCAGGUGGAGGUCAGCGUAGCCUUCCUGACGGACUCGGAGCGCGAGCUGAUCCUCGAGGUGCUCCAGCGGGAUGAAGAGCUGAGGAAAGCUGAGGAGCAGCGUGUGAGACGACUGAAGGCGGAGCUCUUAGACAUCCGCCGGCGAGGUGCCAAGCGCAGCAGUGGCAGCUACAGCGAGCGCAGCUGUGGCCGUUGCCAGGCAGCUCUGGGGCGUCUGUCUGUCACUGCCAGCCAAUGCUCGGGCUGCAACCAUCGCGUGUGCAGCACCUGCCGCUCGGGCCGGCCCGACGGGUCAUGGGUGUGCAGCGUGUGUGCCAAGGAGGCAGACCUUAAGAAGACCACUGGAGACUGGUUCUAUGACCAAAGGGUGAACCGCUUCCUGGACUCCCCUGGGCAUGACAUGGUCAGAGUCUCCCUCAGGAAGCGACCCCAGGCGAAGAAGCGCGACACCGUGGGGGCAAUGCUCCUGCAGAACGCGGAGAUGAAUCCCGCCGGCAGGCCCUCACCCAUCCCUCGGCCGAGGCUAAAGGACCAGCAGGCCCUCGACACGAGCUCUCUGUCGGAUGGAUCGCAACCCCCUGAUGGACCAGCGCCGGAUCAACAGCAGCGCAGCGACACCGAGUCAGUGGAGAAGGCCAGCCUGAGCAGCAGCCGAACCGGGACUGAGUCCUCCCAUGGCACUCCGGUCCUGUCCAGGAAUGAGGCUGCUCCUGCGGAUGGAGGGUCAAUGGGGCGCUCCAGUCCCGCUGGGUCUAGCAAGUCAGUCUUGGAUGCCCCCGUCAAGCCAGGCGACUCCUACAGUAGCACUUCGGACCUGGACCCGUCAGUAAGACCCAGCCUAGUACCAACAGUGUCUGAAGAAGAUAAGCUCUUCAAGAGGAGUACGAAACGAGUCCAGAAGCCUGGGGAGAGUAACUGGCCCACCUCAGUGUUGGACCUACGUGAGGAGGGGUCAGAGAUAAACGAGAGCUCCAUGAGAGAUCGGAGCAAGUCCGUGCCAGGGCUCAACAUGCAGGUGAGUGCUGGGGGGGGAGAUCCUUAUUGUCACUUUGCUUUAGACAAACCUGAGGGUACGUCUUGGCCCGUUGUGACAUCUCAGUCUCAGGAGGAAGAGGAGGAUGAGGACAUUGACAGCCUGGUUGAGAUCCACAGGAAGAAUGCAGGCAGAAGCACGUACAGCCUUCGAAGCAAGGGCACGAUGGGCAGUCUGAUGAGCGUGUACAGCGAGGCAGGAGACUACGACACGGUAGACGUCAGUGGGGACGUCGUGUUCUCCCUCCAUUACGACGACCGCUCGCAGACCCUGUCCAUCCUCAUUAAGGAAUGCCGCAGCCUGGCUUAUGGAAACGCUGCCAAACAUCGCUGUAAUCCGUAUGUAAAAUGCUACCUGCUCCCAGAUAAGUCCCGGCAGAGCAAAAAGAAGACGACCAUCAAGAGCAACACGGUCAACCCCAUCUACAACGAGACCCUGAAGUACUCCAUCAGUCGUUCCCAGCUGGUCACACGGUCUCUCCAGUUGUCUGUUUGGCACCAUGACCGCUUCGGCCGCAACGCCUUCUUGGGGGAGGUGGAGUUGCCACUGGAUUGCAGGGACCUGAACUCCAGCCACGAGGAGUACGUGCCCCUUCGACCAAAGGUCUCUGCCGCAUCACAGUCUGCUUUCGCCCAGUACAAGGGGGAACUGAUGAUUUCCCUGAAGUUUGUUGCCGCGGGCGAAGUGUCCUCAGGCACCGUCAAAGUUAAGGACAAGAAGAAGAAGACCAAGGAUGAAGGUGGAGAGCUUCAUGUCCUGAUCAAGGAGGCCAAGAACCUAACUGCCAUGAAAAAGGGAGGCGUCUCCGACUCCUUUGUGAAAGGGUACCUGCUGCCGGACAAGACGAAGGCCACAAAGAGGAAGACUCCCGUGGUGAAGAAAACCCUCAACCCACACUAUGACCACAUCUUUGUGUACAAGGCUCUGAGCUUAGAGCAGCUGCAAGGCAUGGGUCUGGAGCUGACUGUGUGGGAUCGGGAGGCCAUGUCCAGUAACGACUUCCUGGGAGGUGUUCUUCUGAGUUCAGGGCCAGGUGCCAUGCAGGAAGCCGCAGUGGAUUACACAGAGGAAGAGGCCUGCCUUUGGAGGAAGAUGAUGCAGUACCCUGGCUCGUGGGCAGAGGGCACUCUCCCACUGCGCUCAUCCAUGGGCAAAAGCAAAUGAAAAUGCCAGAAUGGAAGAGAAAUUGUCCAAACGCUUUAAACUAAAUUUUGCUUAACCCCCCGCCCCCCCCCCCCCC